ACAUGACCCUCUGCGGGAUUGAAGCGGUCGGUCCUGCAAUUGAACUCUGUGUUUGCUUACUGUUUUAGGGUCAAUAAAGUAUGUGUUGAAUUUAUGUUUUCUCAUCGCUUUGUAGUUUUAUAAAAUAAAUUAGUGUGAAUUUGAAAAGUUUGUAUUACAUCACUUGUCACUGGACUUAAUAUGUAAAAUGAUUGGAUUGUGGAACGCUUUAUUAUUUUUUACUCUAAUAAAAGCGAAGUUGAUCCACGGAAAAUUGAGUGGAGAUCAUAUAUGCGUUACAGAAAAAACGUUUUUAGUUAAUUCGACAGAAUUUUAUAUAAAAAACCUGACAAUUAGACAAUACAAAUGGUGCUUUAAUUAUCCACCUAGAUGUUCAUUUUAUACCAUCAACAAAGUAAACGCUUCUAGAGUUAUUGAAAAGAAUGAAACACGCUCCGUAGAAGAAUGUUGUCCAGGUUUUAUCGAAUAUCAAAAUGAAUGUGUAACUCCAUGUAUAAACUGUAAUCAUGGUAUUUGCGAAAAUGGUACUUGUACUUGUCUAACCGGUUUCAAAGGAGAACAUUGUGACCAAGAGUGCAGUUUCAAUGAAUGGGGUCCAAAUUGUUCAAAAGCGUGCGAUUGUAAUAAUAAUUCAUGUGAUUAUAUGACAGGGUUAUGUAUAACAAAUAGUACAAAUAUGAUUACGACUGAAGAAUCUCCAGUUACGGAUGUUCAAAAUAAUAUACCACAAGUUACACAGGUCGUGACUAAGUUCAACGAAAUAGCAGAAGUAAAAACUACCAAAUUCACCCCAAAUGAGGCAGUAACUUCGGUCUACAGUUUAACAAAUGAUCCUAAAAUUGUAAUAGAUAAGAACGAGUUUACAUCUCCAACUACAGAAUCAAUAUUUAAUACGAACCUCACAAAUGGAAUAAAACUGAAUGGUACAUUAAGUAUCGAUGCUGCAAAUUUGAAAAAUACAACGAAACAUUCAAGUAAACAGAUGAAUCAAUUACUUGAGAAACAAUUUCCCGCGGAAAAUAUAUUUCCCAUAAAAACUUUUCCGAAUGGUACAAUAGCGACGAAAGUAGGUUUGCUUAUUCCAGUUGAAAUACAGUAUGGUAAACUUCAAACGGCCUCAUCUAACGAAACGAGAUUGUUCGGCAACGAAGAGUAUUUGAACAGACACGUUCCUUCGAAUGAUUAUCCUUCUAAAGAUGUAAUUUUAUUCACGAUUGCAAUUAUUGCGGUUUUCGUUGGGGUGCUUGCUAUUCUGUCUAUUAAUAUUAUGAAAAAAAGAAAACUCAAUCAGACUCUUCAACACGAAAAUAAUCAAGUUGCGGUUUUUUCGACGAGUAUUUUCCACUCGCCGUUACCAGCUGUGAGAGAAUAUGAAUACGAUCAUCCUGUGUCAAGUGCAGCAUCAGUAUUUAAACCUAUUGAAUUAAAAGAUCACCAAAACAUCGAACAAAGCUCGGAACCAAUAUACGAUGAAAUACCGUACAAAGAAUUUGAGCAAAGCUCUAAGGACACUAAUUCCGCUAUAUAUGUUAAUACACUUGGACGGACAAAAUUGUAAUUAAAUUUCUUUUUAGUA